AUGGCAUUUAACAAUGAUUCAACUACGAUAGAUAUUGAACCUUGGUUUAUUCCUAUUGAUAUCUUCAAAAUUAGUUGUGCUAUUAUUGCUAUUAUACUAGCUUUGAUUUUUUUACAUAUUAUUCUUUUCGAAAAAUCAUGUCAUACAGUUCCGAUGUUACUUGUUUCUAAUUCAUAUUUAGCUCAACUUAUUUAUGCAAUUGAUGUAUUACUUAUCGCUUUAUUUACACUUCAAAAUGAUCGUAAACAAAAUCAAUUUGGUUAUUCAUUUUGCAUUCUAGGAGGUUCGAUUAGUUAUGCAAUAACAAUGAUACAAAUGUAUUCUUAUUUACUACAAGCAAUCUAUAGAUAUAUUACUGUUAUUUAUCCCUCUCGUUUAUUUUGGCAAUCAGUUCGAUUACAAACUAUUCUUAUUAUUAUAACAUGGAUUUGUGGCACUAUUUAUAUCAUUGUAUUAAUAUUUACUGAUCAAAUCAUAUAUCUUAUUGAUGAUCAAAUAUGUCAAAUGCCUCUUCGUCUUUCAUUCUUAACUAUUUUUAAUGCAUUUUAUAUCUAUAUGUUUCCUUUAGGAGCAAUUAUGGUUAUCUAUUUUAAAAUGGUUCUAUAUGUUAGAGAAAUGGGUAAACGUGCUACUCCAGCUAAUACGUUAGUUCGUGCACAACGAGAAUUACGAAUGAUUCAUCGAAUUGUUACUCUUGUAUUAUUUUUAAUGGUACUCGGUGUACCGUAUGUUCUAUUUAUAUUAAUGUCAUUUUUUAAUAGUGCACCAAAAUAUCAUUUUCGAAUUGCUUAUAUAUUUAUUGUGAUAUCAUUAGUAUUUAUGAUGAUUGCUUUAUUUCAAAUUGCCGAACCAUUAAAAGCAUCUAUUAUGAAAAAAGUACGAAGACGACCGAUUAACAUAGUACCAACAUUCACAUAA